UUUUAUUUUUUUUUGUGGAAGUUUCAGUGCGGGGUUUUGCGGUUUUUAAAUAAAAUAUCCAACCAUUCAAACAAAAAAUUUUUUAAAAGUAAAAAAAAAUGCCUUACAGGGAUUACGCAGACGAUAAAGAAAAAAUUCAUGCAUUCCUGAGUGAAUACUAUGAGGAUAGAGAGGAUGGUGGCAAGUGCUUCCUCUAUGGCCAACAAAUGACCAACAUAGCCCACAGAGAGCAAGUAGAGAUGGUGAUUGACCUGGAUCAUGUGGCUGACCACGAUGCUGACCUCUGUGAGGCCAUUGUGGCCAACACAAAACGAUAUGUAACCGUCUUUGCAGACGUUGUUCAUGAACUUCUUCCUGGCUACAAAACUAAGGAGAUCGUUGCAAAAGACGCACUUGACGUCUACAUUGAACACAGGCUCCUAAUGGAGCAAAAACUUCAUCCUCAAGGUCAGCAGGAGGUCACCAGAGAUCCAAAGAACAAAUAUCCUCCAGAAUUAUUGAGGAGAUUUGAGGUAGCCUUUAAAGCACCCAACAGUCAGAAAUUUUUGGCCAUUCGAGAUGUGAAGGCUGACAGCAUUGGGAAGUUGGUUUGUGUGAAGGGCAUCGUUACAAGGGUCACAGAGGUCAAGCCUAUGAUGCAAGUGGCCACUUAUACUUGUGACCAGUGUGGAGCAGAGACCUAUCAACCGGUGACCUCGACCUCGUUCAUGCCCUUGACCUUCUGUCCGGGUCAGGAGUGCACCACCAACAAGUCUGGUGGUCGUCUGUUUCUGCAGACGAGGGGGUCAAAGUUCACGAAGUUUCAGGAAAUCAAGAUUCAAGAACAUAGUGACCAAGUUCCAGUUGGGAACAUCCCAAGAGGAAUGACAGUCUUCUGUAGGGGAGAGGUCACCCGAAUGUGCCAGCCUGGGGAUCAUGUCAGCAUAACUGGGAUAUUUUUACCUCUGUUGAAAACUGGAUUCAAACAGAUUGUCCAAGGAUUGCUUUCUGAGACAUACUUGGAAGCCCAUAGAAUAACGAAGAUGAACAAGACAGAAGAUGAUGAGUUGGACGCCACUGAACUAACUCCAGAGGAACUCAAAAGAGUUGCAGAGGAUGAUUUCUAUGACAAGUUGGCGGGCAGUAUAGCUCCAGAGAUUUUUGGCCUGGAUGACGUCAAGAAAGCCCUACUCCUGCUUCUUGUUGGAGGGGUUGAUAAGUCACCCAAGGGAAUGAAGAUUAGAGGUAACAUAAACGUCUGUUUGAUGGGUGACCCUGGAGUUGCCAAGUCUCAACUGCUUGGCUACAUCGACAGACUGGCCCCAAGAAGUCAGUACACUACGGGUCGAGGGUCAUCUGGGGUCGGAUUGACGGCGGCUGUCAUGAAGGACAGUAUUACAGGGGAAAUGACCUUGGAGGGUGGGGCUCUUGUGCUUGCCGAUCAUGGUGUCUGCUGUAUUGAUGAGUUCGAUAAGAUGCUCGACUCUGAUAGGACCGCCAUUCACGAGGUCAUGGAACAGCAGACAAUAUCUAUUGCUAAAGUCAUUUGGAUUUUUUCAACCAUUGUUUUGUUAAAUCCGAAGAUGGGUGUGGCUUAUGACCUGUUUAUCGGCGUUUUUUACAUUACAUGUUUUUGGGGUGUUGACAUUUUUUAUGUUAAGAUAAUAACAUCCUUGCAUGUUCUGUUAAGGCUGGCCCAACACAUAACUUACGUACACCAGCAUAAUGUACAACCGCCUACUCAGUUUGAACCGUUGGACAUGAAGCUGAUGAGACGUUACAUCAUGCUUUGCAAGAGGAAGAAUCCAAUCAUUCCUGAGUCUCUGACGGAUUACAUAACGGGAUGCUACAUUGAGAUGAGGAAGGAGGCGAGGAACCACAAAGACUCCACGUUCACCUCUGCCAGAACACUACUGGCUAUCCUUAGACUGUCCACUGCACUGGCCAGAUUGAGAUUAUCAGAUGUGGUUGAGAAGGAUGACGUGAAUGAGGCGAUGAGGUUGAUGGAGAUGUCUAAGGACUCACUCAACGCGUCUAGCGACCAGACCAAGUCUCGCCAGAGUCUCACAGACCAAAUCUACUCGACCGUGAAGGACAUGAUAAGAGAAGGGGGUGGGAGAACUCUCAAGAUGGCCGACAUCUUAGAUAGAUGUACUGCCAGAGGAUUCAAGAUGGCCGCCAUUGAGAAGUGCAUCAGCGAAUAUGAAGAGAUUAAUGUAUGGCAGGUCAAUCAGAAGCGUGAUCGUGUGACAUUUUUGUAGCUCUCUAUAUUUCAAUUUCUGCCUUGGGAUGCCCAAUAUGUGUCACUUAUUGGACAGAUUAACUGACGACUACGGGGACAACAACAUCGAUUGUUGUACUAACUUAAGAUAUAUCACAUUGUUAGCUACCGUUAAAAUAUUUUUAUAUAGUUUUCAUAUUUUUCAUUGACAGCUGUUUUAUUCGUUCAUACUCAUCUACAUCAAAUUAUCCAAUUUAUUCUAUGUUAGUAAAAUGAAUGUUGCCUCCAAAUUUCGUAUGUCUAUAUUUCAUAGUUUAAUAUGCGUCUGGGAUUCUAAACUUAUAUAUAAUACAACUGAUGGCACAGACACUCAUAUAUGUAUUUUAUGUAGAUGUGUAUAUAUGUUGUAUAUAAACAUGCAUAUAUGUAUGCAUGUGUGGUUUGAUUGUUUUUACGAAAUGAGAUCAUAUAUUCAUGUAUCUAUCCGAUGCAUUGAACCGUAAUAAAGUUCACACAAACAUUC